GUUCUUGAAAUUCAGUGACCAGGAAUCCGUCAGUGGCUUCAACGCCGUGCAAAACAAAAAUCAAGGUACUUGGGAGAUAUUCUGAAUGAUGUGAGUAAAGAUUGAAGCAAACAGGAGAGCGACAAUGGCCGACACAACAAGUAUGGCGCAAGACAUCAUUUUGUGUAACCUGUGUGACAAGAGAGCCGCCCUACUUCAUUGCAAUCCCUGCCAGGACAACCUCUGUGAAGAAUGCGUUGGGAAGCAUUAUAUGACCUCAUCUUCCUUCGCACAUGAAAUCGUCAAAUACAAGGACAGGAAAUUUCAGCUGAAAUUUUCAAAUUGCAGUGCUCACGAAACUGAGAAAUGCACUGUCAUUUGUCAAAACUGCGAUCUACCAGUUUGCAUAAAAUGUUUAACAGGGGUCCAUAAAGGACACAAUGCUGUUGAUUUUUGCGAAAUCAUUGAUGCAGUAAAGAACAAAAUAAAAGAAAACACUGUUAGUCUGGAAGCGAUCCUUCCUCAAUUUGAACAAGCAGACAGACAGAUCGAGUCCAAGACAGCGGAUCUAAUUUCAAGAUGCAAUGAAAUGCAAAAUUUAGCCAUAGAGCGUGGAAAAGAAUGGCGUCAAGCUAUUGAUGAUCUCGUCGAGAAAAACAAAGUCGCUAUUGAUAAAAUGAAGGAAGAUGGAAUCAAAGAUUUAAGAGAGAGUCAAGCAGAAAUUAAGGAUACAAUCCAAGUCUUAAUGCAAGACAUUGUAAAGAACAAGAAAAUCAUUCUAUCUGUUGAAGCAAAUGAAAUUAAACAAUACAAAUUGACGUCCCAGAAAUUAUACCAUAGUAUUCCGUUAGAAUUUGAUUUAAUGCUUCCAACAUUUCUUCCCUAUCAGAUAAAUUCUGAUCAACUGCAACAAGAUUUCGGAGUACUGCAUGCUCAUGUGCUUAUGCGACAUCUCAAAACAAGAACAAACUCGGUCUCAAAACCUCGGAAUCUGCUAGACAAAGUUAUAGAAAUCAAAACAUUUGUGGUUGAGAACAACUUGAGGCAGAUAGCUUGUCUAGGAACGGAGGAGGCAUGGAUAACGUAUAAAGAAAAGCCAAUCAUCCAACGAAUGAACACAAGGGGCUCUAUUCUGGAGACUGUUAUAUCUAGUUGUGUAGAUUGGAAUGGUCAUCCGAGUGACAUUUUGAUUAAAAACGGAGAACUAUUAUAUACCGAUAGAAUGAAAAGAUCUGUUAAUAUUGUCAGAGAUGGCAAAUCUACCACCUUCAUCACGGUGCAAAAAGGAUGGGAGCCGCUAGGACUCAGCGGUACAAAAGCAGGCGACUUGUUGGUCUCUGUGGGUACUUCUAACAUGGGAAGUUAUAAGAUUGUGCGCUACGAAGGACAACAGAUCAAGCAGGAGGUAGAUAAAGACGAUCGUGGGAAUUCUUUAUUUAAGGAGGGGGACAGAAUGUUCUACGUGGCAGAGAACAUCAAUGGGGAUAUAUGUGCUUGUGACGUCAACGCCAGGGCAAUUGUUGUGAUAUGCAAAACCGGGAAACUACGAUUCCGAUAUAAAGGAAUGCAAACGAUGGAGGGCAACUUUAUCCCAUGUACCAUCAUUACGGACGCCGUGGGAAACAUCCUGGUGGGUGAUAACGGGAAUAAAUGUAUCCACAUCAUUGAUAAGGACGGACAGUUUCUCCGGAGUCUGAAGGACUAUGAUAGAUUAAGUGUAGACGAUCUGGGUCGACUCUGGGUGGGGGAAUCCGGAGGAAACGAGGUGAAAGUCUUCAAAUACAUCGAGUAGUGAACAACUUUUGUUACAUGUGUUAGAACUACACUCUCAACAGCAAAGAACUAGUCCCUCUAUGCUGUAAUGUAUAUUUUGAACACAGUUAAAUGUCAAAAUAGCCGAUGAGAUAUGAAUGUAAUGGAGUUUUACGAUAUAGUGUGCAAGUAAAGAUGUUUGA